AUGCAAUACGAUACACCUCUACCGACUCCUCUGGCGUCUGUAUCUGCCCCUAUCAAUCUCCUAAUCGCGUCCGUCUGCCGUCGCUGGCGGCGCGUCGCGCAACACCACGUGCACCCUCAUUUCUCCGAGCUUCUUCUCAGAGAGAACCUCGUCGCGUCCCUCCAAGACCUAACCGUCGCCGUUGCGCGCUUCCCGAGCCUCACGCAUCUCCAUCUGUGCGACAACAGCGUUGAAACCCUAAACGACGCGUUUUUUGCUCACCUCGCCUCGUCAUGUCCCAAGCUGGCCAUCCUCCACGUGGGAGGGAAGAUAACGCCGCGGAUUGGUGGAGCGAACCACGAGCAUCCAAUCACAGACGCCGGGAUGGAUCUCUUCUUCCGCCGCUGCUCUCAGCUGCAGCAGCUCUCGCUCUACUGCCUCCGCGUCGGUGCUGACUUCCCCGCGUCCUUCUUCCAACUCAAGCACCUGCACACUCUCGCUCUCACGACCCCGGCAACCCUAGAAAAUCCGGAGUUCAGGAACGUAACCUCCCUCACCAACCUGCAUCUAGCCUUCCCGUUUCAUCUGCAGCAGCUAUCCAGCCUCCUUGACCUCCCCAUCGCGCACCUUUCUGUCUUCGCUCUGCAUCGUAGCGACCAGCCAUCAGCUCCUUUCAGCAUAUCACUGCUGUCUCGCCUGGAAAUGCUCAGAUUCACAAAUUUCACCCCUCCAUUCGACCUGAUGUUUCCACCGGGAUCACCCCCAUGCGCCAGCCUGCAGCAGCUGCUUCUCACAAGUUACCAGGAGCUCGAAGGCCUCCCCAACGGCAUUGGAGAUCUGCUCCCCUCCCUGCGCAAGCUAGUCAUCCGUGACUGCCAUGACUUGGCGGAACUGCCUGAAGCCUUGCCCCUUCUCACCCGUUUGGAAGUCCUGGUUAUCUCUGAAGCAGAAUUCCUUCACGUACUGCCCAGCAGCCUGGGUCAUCUGCCAGCUCUCAAAACACUCGUGCUUAAGUCGCUGCCUGUUUUUGCCCUCCCUAGUUCCCUCUCCCAACUCACAUCCCUCAACGCUCUAGUCCUCCACAGUUGCGACCAGCUCCGCGAGCUUCCAGCUGGUUUCUGCUGCCUCCCCGCUCUCAAGACCCUCUGCAUCGAGCUCCUGUGCGAUUUCUCGCUUCCACACGACAUUGGGCAGCUCACCAGCCUUGCCACUCUCCGCUUCAUGGGCUCCCGCCGCCAGCAGCACCUCCCAUCCUCGUUGACCGCGUUGACUUCAUUGACCAGUCUACAGUUGCAUGACUGCGCAAUACCUGAGCUUCCGGAUGCGUUUGGGGAGAUGACAAACCUAUCGGAGCUGAGCAUGUGGUCAUGCCCCAUCAGCAGUCUUCCAGAGUCCAUCACUCGACUCACCCGUCUUGAACGCCUGGCAGUUGCUCAUUGCCCGCGGCUUUCAUGGGUGCCCAGAAGGCUGGAUAGCCUCAAGAGGCUGAAGCAGUUGCAGCUGACACACUGUGAAGGACUGGGUCAGCCUCCUGCCAUUCUGCCGUGCUCUCUUGAGUUCCUAAGCGUGAUUUGGUGUGACAACCAGCCCACUCCAGUGCCAGACGUCUCUGGGCUGUCCCAGCUGAGGGAGCUGGAGGUGCAGGUUGAUGGGGAUGGGGGUGCGCAAGGGCGGGGAGCAGCAGGUUGCACUGCCAGCGAGCUGCACGUUGGAGGGGCAGCAGGCUCUGCGGGUCAUUGUUGGAGCAGGUUGCACCGCUUGGUCCUGCAUCUGGACACCACUGCUCUGCCGCUUCACUUCCCCUUCACUUUCCUCCCUUCCCUACGUCAGUUGACGAUAUUGGGGAAUGGUAUCAGAAGCCUCCCGGAAAGCAUCGGGGCAGCGGUGCCGCAGCUGCGGCAGCUGAAGCUGGAGCAGGUUCCAUCGCUGGAGGAGGUGCCAGGCAGCAUUGCACAACUGCAGCAACUCACAGCCUUGGAAAUCCACGCGCCCAGGCUGGCUUCGCUCCCCGAUACCAUCGGUGCUCUGUCCCGACUGCGCACGCUCGAUUUGUCUGAUUGCCGGGAGCUGCAGCAGCUGCCGGCUUCUCUCACGCGCCUCGCCUGCCUGCAUGAUUUGGACGUGUCUUCCACCUCCAUCGCCGUGCUUCCUGCUGGGUUCGCGCACCUCAGCAAGCUGAGGAGCCUUUCCCUGAAAGACUGUAAGAAGCUGCAGGGUUUCCCAGAGGGCUUCACUCAGCUGCCAGCUCUGCGGUAUCUGCCAAUGUGUUCUUAUCUGGGUCUCUAG